AUGGAAGAGAAAGACCUCCAGGAACGCAGUUUCCGAAUCGAAGAUAUCGCCCGGCUGAAGAAAAGGGAUAAAAUGCUGGAGACAUUCGCCUCAAUGGGUACAUGGUUCGACUCGACGGAGGCUGAAGAGUGGAUGCUCGACAACGGCCUUCUGAUCCCCCAGCGGUACAUCGGUAGGGUAGAGAGAUGCGAGAUCAAAAAGAAGCGGGCGCUUCCGAUGCCAACGAUUCGGCCAUCUGGCAUGGUCGUGCAAGGAAGCUCCACGUUGCGGCCACUGUGGCGGCCAGCAUGA